UGCCCUCCCCGCGCCGAACCGGCGGCCGGGGGCAACACCGCCCCGGCUGGGGAGGGGACGCUGCCGGCGACCGGGAAGGAGCCGCGGCGCGGCGCGCCGUCUCUCCCCCCGCCCCCCCCACCUCCCCUCCGGGCGACAGAGCGGCGUGUCCCUUUUAAGCGGGGCGCGGCGGGGCGCCCGGAGUAGCACGCGGCCUGGGGAGGGAGCGCGGAGAUUGGCGAGGCGGCCGCCCGGUGGACACACCCCCCCUUGGAAAAGGGGCGCCGUGAGUGGCGGGGGGAGAAGAGACCCCGCGCCGCGGGCGGGCCAUGGCUGGCGGCGGCGCGGCCGGCCCGGCGGGCGCGCACUGAAGGGCGCCCGGGAGCCCCGCCGCUGUCGUCGUCGUCUGUGUCGUCGUCUGUGUCGUCGUCGUCGUCGUCGGGGCGCGGCCGCACCAUGUCGGCCGUCGCCUACGUGGACUUCGUGGCGGCGCAGUGCCUGGUCUCCAUCUCCAACCGCUCCGCCGUGCCCGAGGCGGCGCGGCUGAAGGUGCCGGGCGAGGGGGAGACGGCCCGGGAGCUGCGCGACCCCCGCGACGCCUGGAAGGACUACUGCGCCCUGCUGGCCAUCGCCAAGAGCCUGCUGGAGCUGAACAAGUACCGGCCGCUGCCCGCCCCCUCCGUCUGCAGCGACAGCGUGGAGAGCCCCGACGAGGACGCGGGCUCCGACAGCGACGCGGCCACCGAGCCGGGCUCCCGCCCGCCCCGCAGCCCGCCGCCGGGGCCGCCCCCCCGCCUGCGCGCCGCCGGGGCCGCCCCCAAGGGGAAGCUGGCGGCCGAGAAGCGGCACAAGUGCCCCUACAGCGGCUGCGGCAAGGUCUACGGCAAGUCCUCCCACCUGAAGGCGCACUACCGUGUGCACACAGGCGAGCGACCGUUCCCCUGCACGUGGCCCGACUGCCUUAAAAAGUUCUCCCGCUCUGACGAGCUCACCCGGCACUACCGAACCCACACUGGCGAGAAACAGUUCCGAUGCCCCCUCUGCGAGAAGCGGUUCAUGCGGAGCGACCACCUGACAAAGCACGCCCGCCGCCACACUGAGUUUCACCCCAGCAUGAUCAAGCGAUCCAAAAAGUCUGGCUCUGGCAGCUCCUUGUGAAGGCAGGGCUGGCCCCGAGGAGGGAGGCGGCGGGGGCAGGCGAGCCGCAGUGAGGAGGCAGGCAGUGGUCCCGGAGCACCAGCAUCUGCUGCAGCGCCGGUCGCCCUCACUGUCCAAAAGCACAUGUAGCCGAUGUUUCAAAAAAAAAAAAAAAAAAAAAAAAAAAAAAAAAAUUAAACAAAUACUCCGUGCCCCUCCUCUCCAUCCUCCACCUCCCCGCCCUGUGCUGGGAACAGCGGUCUGGAGCAAGUGGACUGCGGGGUGAGAGGAGGGAAGGGAUGGCCAGCAGAGGAGGCGACCACCUCCUCUAAUGUAAAGCAUUGAUGCUGGUGUACAUACGUCUGACUGGAUGGUCCGGCCUGUGCCGCCACAGUAGCGUGACCCCAAAGUCUUUGUGAUUGUUGUUUCAUGAACAUGUUUUGUUGAACAGUGUAAUGCUGCUUGUAUUUAGAGUUUGUUGAGUAAAACCGCUUUCCGAGUCACAUAAAUAACUCAGAUAAAAACUCCAUAGCACAUUGUAGAAGUGGGUUUACUUCUGUCUCAGAAUGAUUCUGCAUUUGAAGAGACUGUUAAGAGAAACUUUACAUAUGUUACUAAUAGCAUCUGACUGAUAUACUGAGAUACGGUGAAUUUAUACUCAAGAAGGCCCAUUAAAGUAAAUGGGUCUUUUUAAUUUUUCUUUUUAUUAUCUAUACUUUUGAAUAUAAGCUGCACUUUUCCAGUAAUGACAUGUAUAAUUCAAGAAGAUACUUAAAGCAAAAAAAGACCUACAACAGCUCAGUCAUUUUCUGACCGUGUGUGUAUUUUGCUCUGUUAUUCUCUUACCUGGAAAAAUACGAGUCAGCCUGGAUAAUGUGGCGGGGGUGUGAGAGCAGGAGCGCAAGUCUCUCAGUCGAUCCUAUACUUCUACUUUGUCAAUAAAUACAGUACUGUAUUAUAGAAAUGCCA